CACCAGUCCGCAUUUUUCAUUCACGGUCGAUUCAGCAACCAGUGAAGACCGUAUCCUUUUCUUCUGACGGGAACGGGGGUAAGCGGCUGGGGAAGAGAGGUGCUGAGUUACCGUACUGUCCGUUGGCGACAACAUCCACGGCACCGCCAAACUAGUCGCGCUGGCUCGCCAAGGAACUUUCCAGAGAGUCUCUCGGCUCGUAGACGAAAUGUGAGGCCGCGGGAACGGAGGUAAGCGGCUGGGGAAGAGAGGUACGAGUUACCGUACCUUCCACCGCAACGUCCACGGCACCGCCAAACUAGUCAGUCGGCUGCCUAGCGAGGAGCCUUCAAGAAAACCUCCGGGCUUGUCUUUGCUGUAUUUUUCAAGUGGUGGGUGAGAAAUGUGACGCGUGCGUACCCGGACCAGCCCGUGUUACACGUGCAUACGCAGUACCUGAGGCACCGUCAAGACUCAGCAGAAAGACUCGACUGAUGACUGGAUUGGCGGCCGGUGUGACAUACCACACAAACAUGUAGGACUACACCAGACGGUAGGGCGGACACAGGACCUCAGGAUGGCUGCAACGGCCGGCUCCAACGUGCAGCAGAAGAUAGCGGAAGUUCUCGAGGGUAUGACCUUCCCAGCCUAUAUGAACAAUGCAGACAAUACAAAGAUAAGUACCCCAGUGCUAACAGACAUUGACUCAGUGAGACAGUGGUUGGAGGACCUACGCUGGAUGACAGAGACAGAGUGUAUGACAGUGUUACAGGGCAAGACUAUACAACCAGAGGAUGGGGAAAGUCUACCUUCUCCUGUUAGAAAUACCAAAGAACACAUUAAGAUGGUGAGGAAAAGGGCUCAUAUCAUCACAGCAGAGUGUGCCAAAUUAUUUCAUAAACUGGACAAGGAGCGGUGGAAGAAAGUCCACAGCAAUGCCCUGAGAAUAACGUGCACGAUCCGGUCCCUCCUACAUGACAUCAGCGCCCACAGUCCCAACCUGGACAUCGACGUGUUCCAACAACAACAGGUGGUCAUGGAGGAGUGUGCACAGCUCAUCAAACAUGUCGAAAGUAUUGGAGAAAUCAAUGGAGAGAAGCCCCAGAAGCUGCCCAUGGUACACUCUCUCACGUGCCUGGGGCAGGCCUUCACACGACUCAUAGACAAGGUCCUGGCACAUGAAGUCAGGACCAUAGUUGAAGGCGUGGCCGACUCGCCCAGUGCCUACUGCAUCAAGGCGUCAAUCACCAGUCUGGUGGGCGUGGCCCAGGGAGAACCACAGAUGUGCCACCUUAUAGUCAAGGAGGGUGGUGUUCGAGCCCUGUUCACCAUCUGUAGACAAGACACUGCCAACUUUGUGAAGUCUCAGGCCCUGAGAGCUGUGGCCACCUUGUGCUCUGUUCCUGAAGCCAUAGCUGAGGUGGAAAAGGUUGAUGGUGUGGGGUGCCUGACGGACAUCCUGUGUGACCCGCUGACCACUGAGGCGACCAGGACAGAGGUGGCCGGAGUCCUGGCACAGAUCACCUCCCCCAUGCUUGACCACUACAGACAUGUGUCAGGAUUUAUAGAAAACAUGGAGGACUUACUCAGGGGGCUCAUAGGUUUAUGUGAAACAGCAUCCUCCCCUGAGGUGUUCCUCCUGGGAUCAGCAGCCAUCGCUAACAUCACCUUCUUAGACUCCAUGGCAUCAGAGUUCCUGGCCAGGUACCAGGUGGCUCGGGUCCUUAUAACCUCCUCCGUACGUCUUAAAGUCUCCUCCAUCUUCAUCAAGGAUCAGUUGUGUACAGUGUUAGCGAACGUGGCCAUGUUAGAGCAGUGUCGGGAGGAUAUCAUCCAGUGCAAUGGACUGACAGUGUUGGUGGGCUGCCUACACGAGAAGCCGCCCUACAACAAGCAGACAGAGCGGGUGGCCUGCGAGAGGGUCCAGCAGAAGGCGGCAAUAGCUCUGGCCAGACUGUGUAAGGACGUCAUUACGGCCGGAGUGGUCAAGCAACUCAAAGGUUUACAGAGACUAGUGGAACUAUGCAGAAAGCCAAAGGAGAGAAACUACAGUGACUCAGUUCUAGUAGCCUGCCUGGCCACCCUCCGUAAGCUGGCCAGUGUCUGUGGCGAGGAUGAAUUUUCUCAGGAAGAUCUCAUCCAACUGGUCCAACCAAGACUCAUCGACUCCUACCUCAUCUGUUCUUCACUUCAGGAGAGUUUUGUAUAGAAGAGCACUUAGGUCUUAGCCUGGGUACCAUCUGGAUAAUAGUUCGCUCCUAUGUUCGCUUCUGCUAUCCGUCUGGAGACCUGCACAUUCAAACUGUUUGGUGCUAGCGUCAGUUAAUGAGAGAAUUAAGGAAUGGGUUCUAGAGCACUCGUUCGAUGACAACAGCCCUCCCGCAAGCAGAAGGAGGGCUUGUGCAGUGUUUGAACACCGGUUUGAAUGAGCGCUUGAAUCCAUUACACGAUUUGCUCAUAUAUGGGGACCAAUCAGCGUCCAAAAUCUGGAUGAUUCCAGACAUUAAGAUGGUCAGGGUUCCCAGACAGAACAGCAGAGAAGUUGUAUAUAGUAUAUAAUGAACACCAGAGCGAACUACUUUCCGGAUCGAUGGUACCCAGGCUUUUAACUCUUAGUUCUCACCUCAACGUUUAGAAUCCAACAGUGCCUUUGAAUGUUUUUAAAAGCUUUUACCAAAAUCCCAUUUGGGAUGCCUAGCUGUAUACAAAAUGUGUAUGCUACAUCGAGCUACAAGGUAUUUUUAGAGGCUUUUUAACUACCUCACUUAACACUCAAUUUGUUGCAAAUGCAUAGUACAUGUAUUAUAGUAAAAAGCAUUGAAAAUUUGAUAUUUCUUUCACAAAGUCAAUAUUCAGAAGUAUUAUUAGUCAUCACAGCUUCUCAAAAUCAUGGUUAAGAUUUUUUAAUGUCAAUUUUUGGAUCCUGGGGUUUAUGAUUCAUUGAAUCUAUUAAGUUAUAAGGGUGGCAUCUAAAACACUUAUUCUGCUUUUGUAAUUAGCUUGUUAUUUGAAUAUUUCCCUCAGUAAAAUUUUCUCGAACCAAAAACUUACAGCCUUUUAAUUUUCAUUACAUUAUAAAUUGUUUUUAUAUUUGUUAUGUGGAAUUUGAGACCAAAUCACAAUUGAUAAAGUUAUGUUGUCAACUAGAGUUCUUAAGAGAAUGAUUGUACAAACCCUCCCCGUGCAUAAAAACACACAAUUCUAUGUACUGUCAGCUCUAAUUAUGUUCCAAAAACCUUUUUUACACACCUGAUGAACAUGUAUGUCUGCUUAUCAUAAUUAUAAUUAUAAGUAUAUUUUGACACCUUCUUUACUAACUCUGAUGCAUUGUCAGCUACAAAUUAUGAUAUCUCAGAUUAGAAACCCAUAUUGUUGGUAGCUUCAAUCUACUUCAAACUAUAUCUAAUUGGUGUUGUUAAAAGAUAUAAUAUUGUCAGUAUCCUUCAACAUUUAUAAUUUGAUGACUAUGGACUCCAACAAGUUGAUAUGCCCUGUUUUAAGUGUAGUAUCUUCUUGAUGAUACUGUCUGCCAUUCAUUUGGUUAUUUUAGUACUUGAGAAGUACAGAUAUUUAUGUAUAUUAAACUAUAGCUGAUACUUAUAGUAUUUUAGUAGUUUUUUAGUAUAUUUAGUGACAAGUGUGGUUUUAGCAGUGGAAAGACAGAUUAUAUUUUGUAUUAUUUUGCUUUUUUUGUUGCUAUUUUCUGUCGGCUCUUCUAUGUUAUACAGGUUUUGAAUUAUAGAUCAUUAUUAAUGUUAUUUAUGCUGACAGUUCAUUUUCUGUUGCUUUUCUGUAGAUAUUAUAUCAAAAUUUACUUGACUUUAAGUGGUUUAUCUUUUUAUGUUGAUAUUUGUAUUAUCAUUUGAAAUAUGAUAGUUUGCAUACUAUUAUUUCCCUGAGCUUGUGUUAUUAUUUCUACGCUAAUCUUUAUAUAAAGAGAGUAUACAGUAUCAGCAUUGGUGUGCAAAGUUGCAGUCAAGCUAAUAUAUGUCAUCCUCAUUCUGACUCAUUUGACUGUCAUUAAUUGCAUUUUAUUCAAUCUGUGGACAGAUAUGGAGUAAGAAAUUUCUACCAAGUACCUCUUUUUUGAUGUAGAUGCAACAAAACAAUUAAGAAAUUAGUGAAUGCUUGUGAAUCAAUGUUUCAAGUAAUUGUUUAGUAAUCUAAGAGUAACCUUGGAGACUCAAUCUUGUAUUGUUUUGAAAUUUGUAAUGAUUAUUAUUUUUGUAGCAACAAUAUUACAAGAUUCUGUAUGGCAGAUCCUACAUGAAUUUUUGUAACUGGUUAAUGCAUUUUCAUCUGUUUACCAAAAUUAAUAAAUUAAUAUCAUUCUAAGUGAUGGUAGCUUAAAAGUGGAACUGUCCAUAUGUUCUGAUGUAUGAAAAACAUUAUAGAAAUAUGUAGUUAUGAUUAAAAAAUAAAUCUGAAAACCCG